UUGCAGAGAUUGCUGGUGUUAGUGACUCCACCAUUCGCACGAGCUAUCGUUAUUUGUACAAUGCGCGUGAGCAGCUAGUGGAUCCGUCCUGGCAUGUGGGCAAGUCGUUGGAUCUGCUCCUGCCUUCUGCAAGAUAGUACGUGUGUAGCUUUUCUACAGGAGUCGGUCAAGCAUAGUUCGCUCAUCAAUAUUUGACCUUCACCUCUGACCAACCCACGACCAUCUGCUUUUCACCUUGCUUCUUGCUCUCAUUAUUCCUUCUCUUUUGAGAAAGCUACGUUGCCGCUGCUACAUCGCUCGCUCCGGCUUGGUAUGAAUGUCCUCAUCUACAACGGUCCCGGCACCUCGCCGAAAUCCGUCAAAGCAUGCCAUGCCUCCCUCACAGCGCUCUUGACUCCACGCUAUGCCAUUCGUUCCAUCAAUGCAGAGACGCUUAUUCAAGAACCCUGGCAGGCAAGUACCGUGCUACUCGUCAUGCCAGGCGGUCGUGAUUUACCCUACUGCGAAGCCUUGAAUGGACCUGGCAAUAGUCGAAUUGCUUCCUACUUGCGAAAUGGCGGGCAAUACCUCGGUUUAUGCGCAGGCGCGUAUUAUGCUUCUGCACGCGUUGAGUUUGAAGCAGGUGAUGCACAGCUUGAAGUCACGGGUGAUAGAGAACUCAAGUUCUUUCGUGGAACUUGUCGUGGAUGUGCAUUUCCAGGGUUCAUGUACAAUUCUGAACACGGAGCCCGGGCUGCCACGCUGACUGGGUCGAUCGCAGAGAAUGUGCGAAUCUACUAUAAUGGUGGCGGUAUCUUUGUUGAUGCUGAGCAAGUUCCGGAUGUGCAAGUCCUUGCAAGAUACGCAGACACGGAUGUGCAAGUCACGGGUGGGAAUGUGGCGGUUGUUCAAAUACCUGUUGGAAAGGGUUCAGCACUUCUCAGUGGAGUACACCCUGAGAUUGCGCUUGGAACGCUCGAUGCAGACAAGUUGCCUGGGGAAGACCUCGAGAAGCUUGAAACUGCACGACUUUUGUUUCUGGGUAGACUUCUCGAGAGGCUAGGCCUCAAGGUGAAUGCGACAGCUGCAGAGAGACCAACUCUAUCGACACUGCAUCUCUGCGCUUCGACUGCCGAGCAGCAUCAAGCGUGUUUGUCACUCCUGUCAAGUCUUGCUGAUGGCGAUACUAUUACUGGCGAGCACGACACGUUCCAGCUCCUAGCAUCUCCAUCAGAUCGGCCGGUUGACGCAUCUGAUGAGGAUGAUCUUGAUGCGCAGCGAAAGUAUCUCUCGCUUUCGGCCAGUCCACCAGUACUGCCGUCAUUCGACCUGGAGCGAUACUUCUCUUCUCUUGCACGUUACACAGGCUCGCAAACAUCUCUUGGUUCCAAGCUAUUGUACGGAGAAACCGUCACCUCCUCACAAACGCUACUUGAUAAGAACUUCAAGCUACUCAGCAACUUACCGCACGGAUUCGUCUUGUUGUGUGCUCAUCAGCUGUCUGGACGUGGCCGUGGUGGUAAUGCUUGGGUGUCGCCACCGGGCGUGCUAUCAUUCAGCAUGAUUAUGCAUCAUCCCAGCAAGGCAAGCCACACCCUUGUCUUUAUGCAAUAUCUCAUCUCCCUUGCCACGGUUGAAGCUAUUCGCGAUCUAUCAUCACUUGAAGUACACAUCAAGUGGCCAAAUGACAUUUACGUCAAAUUGCCAGCUGGAUUCGCGGUGCCUGAGCAAGCACCUGCAUUUGUACAAGGCGAGAAUAAGUUCGUCAAAGUCUCAGGGAGUCUUGUUAGUACGACGUAUUGGCAGGAUACCUUCAUGAUGAUCGUUGGUGUCGGCAUCAAUGUAUUAAAUCCAGAACCAACAGUGGCUUUGAACACAGUUCUGGAACAUCUUGGGAGUGACAAGCGGAUUGAUAUGGAGACGUUGCUAGCGAGACUAUUGGCGGUGCUUGAACACUACCAUGCUGCGAUGCUGCAGGAAGGCUCAUUCAGGUCAUUGGCGGAUCGAUACUAUCAGCGAUGGUUGCAUCACGAUCAACCCGUCACGCUCGAAGAAACAGGCCAGCAGGGAAGGGUGGUCGGGAUAGAUUUGCAGCAUGGCACGCUCCUUGUGGACGUUGGCCGCGGCGAGCGUGUUGGUCUACAAGCAGAUGGCAAUUCAUUCGACAUGAUGAAAGGUCUCAUUCGCUUGAAACGCUCUUAGCUCAAUAAUAU